AUGACAAAUUGAUGCGCCCCAAUGAUUUGGACGAGUCAUUCGGAUUCUUAGCACCCGCGACCGUCAACUUAGGUUUAAUCUUAAGUAGACCGCAUACCGUGACGGAGUAUGUUCUUCGGAUCCUCAUGGACAAUAAAGAUGCGGAGAAGUUGUUUUUUAUACCGUUUAAUACCGGUGGACAUUGGUUGUUGCUCGCAAUCAAUCCUAUCCGAGAAAUUGUGUAUUAUCUUGACUCGUUAGGAAAUGAUUGGACAACAUACCCGGAUAUGAAGGACCUAAUUGACACCGUCCUACAAGCUUUUCGGGCCCAACGAGAUAUCCAAACCUCAAGGAGGAGCGCCAACCGCAUUACAUGGAUUAAAGUGGCGUGUCCUCAACAACGUAAUCAAAUAGAUUGCGGGUAUUUCGUGUUGAGGUUUAUGCGAGAUACUCUUGCUUUGGGCCGAUUAGUGAUUCCCACCGAUUACUUUGAGGAAUUCAAGUGUGCAUUUUAUACAAAGGAUCAAAUACUUUAA